GGGAAGGGAGGUGUAGCAUUUCAGUGAGAGUCAGCCUGUUGCUGCAGGAACAUGACUGAAGUGGCAGCUGACUUUCUAAGAGGAAACCCCAAACUGAAUGAAUUACCCGAUCAAGCCCCUGUGGUGAGAGAGGCCAUCAGUAUCAUAAGGAAGAGAGCUGAGGCAGACAGUGCCAUCUGGCCCCUGGGCUUGUCUGAUGACUUCUUACUAAGGUUUUUGAGAGCCAGGGACUUCUGCAUAGAGCUGGCAUUUAAGCUACUUAAAAACUAUCACAAAUGGAGAGCAGAAUGUCCCGAAAUUACUGCAGACCUGCGGCCUUCUCCCAUUCUUGAUCUUUUCCGUGCCGGCUAUCAUGCAGUCCUAAGGUCUAGGGAUGAUUCUGGAAGCAAAGUUCUGAUAUACAGGAUUGAAUACUGGGACCCAAAGUUGUUUACAGCAUAUGAAGUGUUUCGUGUGAGCCUCAUAACCUCCGAGCUGAUAGUGCAGGAAGCAGAGACACAGAGGAACGGAAUUAAGGCUAUAUUUGAUCUCCAGGGAUGGCGCCUUGCUCAUGCAUUUCAGAUCACCCCAACAAUGGCCAAAAGGAUAGCUGCAGUAAUGGCAUAGUUUUACAUUGCCGAUAUGCAUUUUCCACAGCAACUCAGAGUUAAUACAGGCAGCAGGGCAGCCCCUACUCUAUUUAGAGGAAGAGAACUGGGAUUCCUUUCCACUGAAGGUCCGUGGAGUACAUCUUAUAAAUGAGCCUUUAUUCUUCCAUCCUGUCUUUGCUAUAAUUAAGCCCUUUUUGCCUGACAAAAUAAAGCAACGGGUUCACAUGCAUGGAAGCAACUAUAUACCCACUCUAAACCAGCACUUUUCUACAAGCAUUCUUCCUCCAGAAUAUGGGGGGACAGGGCCAGCAAUGAGUGAACUCUGCGAAGAAUGGACAGCUCACAUCAUGAGCUCUGAAGAUUACCUGCUCAGUAUAUCUCAGAACAAACAGUUUGCAGAGGGUCCUGGGUAACAAGCAGUCAAAGAGAAUAUAAAGCUAAAAUAUCAGAUGUUGCUGUAUAAAGAAUGAUAGGGAACAUUACACAUAACUUUAAACACGCAAAGAUUUAUUUUUUGUUUCUUAACAAAAACUGGUGCUCUAGAGGAAGCAAGGUUUAAUAAAGGGCAGGUUUAAAGAUGAACAGAAACCUGAUUAGAAUACUAUUUUAAUUUAUAAUAAAUAUCUAUACAUAUACCAAGUCUUCCUUCUAGUCUUUGGUUUUUGACCAUUGCAGGUAGGAUUAAAAAGCAUAUGGUUCUGAAACCAUGGAAAUGCAUAUUGUAAUAUGGUGCAAAUACAACAAAUGUUUACAAAAAUAUUUGUCUUGCAAAAUUCUCUUAAAGGAGAAGGAAAAUCGUAGACACACCACCUAGUCAUUAUUAUCAUUUACCUGGGACCCUGGGCCUGGGCACUCUUGUUCAUUGAAAACUGCAAUGGCCUGCGGUACUACUGUAGGGGCACCGCAUGCAUUCCUGGAUCUUCUCUGUAGAUGCAAUGCAUAGUAUGAAAAGCUGAAGCAAAAAGCCAGGGUUUUACUCUACUCAAUACUCAUUUUACUCUACUGGAAGAGACUGCUUGGUGCCCCUACAGUAGUAACUAGUGAUGAGCAAAUUUUUUCACCAGGCAUGGAUUCACAGAGAACUUCCGCAUUUCGGCAUUGGCGAAUUGUUUCACAAAACUUCUGGAAAAAUUUGCCACGGAACAAUUCGUCGCAAGGAUUUUUUUGCGACAUUUUGUCGCAUGGCAAAUUGGGCACGGUCGUGUCAAAAAAAUGCAGCGGUCGCCACAAAAAAAGGGCGCAGUUGUGUCAAAAUUGGGCACGGUCGCGGAAAAAAAGUGCAGGCAACAAAAAAUAUAGACGCAGGCGACAAAAAAGACACAGGCGACAAAAAAUAACGCACAACAAAUGCAUUUUGCUAAUUUUUCGCCAUUUCGCAAAUUUUAUGGCGAAGUGAAAUGGGACAGAUUCGCUCAUCACUAGUAGUAACCUAAACUGGUGCAAUUUUCAGAACACAAGAGCACUAACCCAGGGUUUCAGGUAAGUGGUUAUAAUGACUUGGGGGGGUGGUGAGUCUAAAAUUGACCACUACUGACCAUAGUAUCUGUGAAUGUGACUGGGACCUUAGUCUGUAAGCUCUACUAAUGUGAAUUAUGUAUAAUUAUGUAUAAUUUUUGUAAAGUGUUACAGAAUAUAUUGGCGCUAUAUAAAUAAAGAACAUUAAUAAUAACUGCAAAAAA